CCGCAGCCCCUCCCUCGCCCGCGGCGGACCCUCACCGCGCUGGCGCAGCGAUGGCGGAGGCCGUGGAGCGCACUGACGAGCUGGUCCGUGAGUACCUGCUUUUCCGCGGCUUCACGUACACACUGCGGCAGCUGGACGCCGAGAUCAAGGCAGACAAGGAGAAAGGAUUCCGGGUGGACAAAAUCGUGGACCAGCUGCAGCAGUUAAUGCAGGUGUAUGACUUGGCUGCCCUGCGGGAUUAUUGGAGCUACCUGGAGCGCCGGCUCUUUAGCCGUUUGGAGGAUAUGUAUAGACCCACCAUCAACAAGCUGAAAACCAGCCUGUUCCGCUUUUAUCUCGUCUACACAAUUCAGACAAACAGAAAUGACAAGGCUCAGGAGUUCUUUGCAAAGCAGGCCACGGAGCUCCAGAACCAAGCCGAGUGGAAGGAUUGGUUUGUCCUGCCCUUCCUGCCAUCCCCAGACACCAACCCCAUCUUUGCUACCUACUUUUCUCGACAGUGGGCCGACACCUUCAUCGUGUCUCUACACAACUUCCUGAGCGUCCUGUUUCAGUGCAUGCCAGUUCCCGUGAUCCUGAACUUCGAUGCCGAGUGCCAGAGGACCAACCAGGUUCAAGAAGAAAAUGAAGUCCUGCGCCAAAAGCUUUUUGCAUUGCAAGCCGAAGUCCACCGACUAAAGAAGGAGGAGCAACAGCCAGAAGAGGAACAGGCCUCCAUCCAACACAAGUUGCCUCCUUAUGUCUCCAACAUGGACCGUCUGGGGGACUCGGACCUAGCCAUGGUGUGCAGCCAGAGGAACACUUCCCUCUCCCAGUCACCUCGCGUGGGCUUCCUGUCCUCACUGCUGCCCCAGAGUAAGAAGAGCCCCUCAAGGUUGUCACCUGCCCAGGGUCCCCCACAGGCUCAGAGCUCGGCCAAGAAAGAGUCCAUCAGCAGUCAGACUGCUAAGGCAAAGGACCCGGUGUGCGGGCCCAAGGACGGAAAGAGCCUCUUCAGCGGGCUGGCCACGGGCGAGUCCAGCUGGUCCCAGCACCGGCACCGGCGCCUGCAGGAUCACGGCAAGGAGAGGAAGGAGCUUCUGUCUCUGACGUUGCAGGGUGCAGAGAAGAAGCCUGAUGCUAGUGGCCCAGAGGCAGAGCCCUGCCCUGAGCUCCACGCCGAGGCACUAGAGACACUGACGCGAGCCGCCACAGCGGGCCCCGAGGGUGGAGGGGUCCGUCCCGAGCAGCCGUUCAUUGUGCUGGGGCAGGAGGAGUACGGGGAGCACCACUCGUCCAUCAUGCACUGCAGAGUGGACUGCUCGGGGAGGAGGGUCGCCAGCUUAGACGUGGACGGGGUCAUCAAAGUGUGGUCCUUUAACCCCAUCAUGCAGACCAAAGCGUCCUCCAUUUCCAAGUCGCCGCUGCUCUCUUUAGAAUGGGCCACAAAGCGGGACAGGCUGCUCUUACUGGGCAGUGGUGUGGGGACAGUGCGCCUUUACGACACGGAAGCCAAGAAGAAUCUUUGUGAAAUCAACAUCAACGAUGACAUGCCCAGGAUCCUGUCUCUUGCGUGCAGCCCCAAUGGGGCCUCUUUCGUCUGUUCGGCCGCAGCCCCAAGCCUCCCUUCCCAGGUGGACUUCUCGGCACCGGACAUCGGCAGCAAGGGCACUAACCAGGUUCCUGGGAAGCUGCUGCUGUGGGACACGAAAACCAUGAAGCAACAGCUCCAGUUCUCCCUGGAUCCAGAACCCAUUGCUAUAAAUUGCACAGCCUUCAAUCAUAACGGGAACCUGCUGGUCACAGGGGCGGCUGACGGUGUCAUCCGGCUGUUCGACAUGCAACAGCAUGAGUGUGCGAUGAGCUGGAAGGCCCACUGCGGGGAGGUCUGCUCUGUGGAGUUCAGCUACGACGAGAAUGCGGUGUACAGCAUCGGCGAGGACGGGAAGUUCAUCCAGUGGAACAUCCACAAGAGUGGCCUGAAGGUGUCUGAGUAUGACCUCCCUGCAGAUGCCACGGGGCCCUUCGUGCUGUCUGGUUACAGUGGCUACAAGCAAGUUCAGGUUCCCCGGGGCCGGCUCUUUGCUUUUGACUCGGAGGGAAAUUACAUGCUGACAUGUUCUGCCACCGGGGGCGUCAUCUACAAGCUGGGCAGGGAUGAGAAGGUUCUGGAGAGCUGCUUGAGCCUGGGCGGCCACCGAGCCCCUGUGGUCACUGUGGACUGGAGCACAGCCAUGGACUGCGGGACCUGCCUCACUGCCUCCAUGGAUGGCAAGAUCAAGCUGACCACCCUCCUGGCCCAUAAAGUCUGAUGGGACCCGCCCCAAGGGACAUACCGGAAGCAGUAUUACCCUGGGGGGGGGCAGGGGGAGAGACGAGACAGGAAGGCAGGACGCUGCACUUCUGACUCCCUGCCAGUACGGGGAGUCUUCAGGGGAACGCUGUUUGGGGACUUGGGGCUCAGUCCAGCUGCAAUGACAGGAACGGGAGCCACGUGGGGACCAGCCUGCUGGGCUGUGCCAGAAGCUCGCUCCAGACAGCGGGAGGAAAGCUCAGGAAGCAGAAGCAUUGUGGUGGCUACUCUGUUGGCCCAGGAGAGACUGACAGUAUUUUGUGUAUAUUGGAUCAGUUUUUUGUUUUUUUAAAAGAAUGCUCUGGUGGUUCCCUGGUGUCUCUGGAAUGUGUGUGUGCAGCAGAGCAAUCUCCCUUCACCCUUUGCCCUGUGACGGACUGCCCGGGUCCCCCACCCCAGCUCUCACCUAGUCAGUCACAGGGCUGAGCACGUCGGAGAUUUGCUUGUUGCUUUGCGUAGAAGGAGGACGUCCUCUCUCCUUCCAUUCCACUGGCUAACUAAGGUUUGUGCUGUUCCCAUUUCUUCAGGCUCCUGUCAGAAGGCUGUAGUGCUCCGUCUCUUCCCUGAGAGUCAGUGGCAUUUCUCAGGACGAGGGUGGGGUCUGAGGCUCCUUAUCCUGGCAGUGCCUCUCCGUCCCAUGGCUGUGGUUUCCCAGUACCUGUGUCAUUGGACCUCCUCCCAUUCUUUCAACUGUCCAUCUUGAGGUUGAACAGAAGUGGCCACCAGCGCCCUCUGCUGGUCAGUGGCCAGAGGCCUGGAGCAAGUUGGCCAAGUGUUGGGGCUGGAACUUGGGGUUCAGGCCAUCCCCACUGUGUCCUGCCCAUGGACUGCCCUCUGCUUCCUGACUGGGGUGGGACCUUGAAGAGUCAGAUGCUCUCAUGGGGUGAGCAGGAACAGGAGAACGGCUCCCCUUUUCCCUCUUGCAUUUCCAUCUGGGGCAGGGAGGCAUAGUCUCUGCCAUUCAGCCUCGUGGUGGUAUUUCAGGCCGGGGCUUCAGGGGCGGCCUGUUGUCAGGCUGCUCGGAGUAGUCAGUGUAGAGUCUGUUUGGACUCCAGCCCAGUCCUGGGGUGCAGCUCUGGAGUGGGGUACUUACAGGUAAACUACUUUUGGAAAAUCAUGAAGAAAUUGGUACUAAACGUUCUAUUCUGCUGGAAGUUGGGGCGGGGGCUAAAGAAGGGAGGUAUUUAUGUGGCUCAAUUAUGAGCAAACACCAGAGACUUAGUCAUAAGCAGUUACAUAUUUUUACCCAUUUAUACUCUGGUAAUUCUCUGUUCAAAUGAAGAAAACCAAGACUUUUCCAUAUGUAUUCUUUUUCCAUUUUCUGCAUUAAAACAGCAACCUUAUUUAUCUCCCCCAGUGAUUCUCUAGGACAUUUAAAAAGUGGUCACCUGGGGGGUGGCAUGUUAGCUCAAUUGGUUAGAGCGUGGUACUAAUAAUACCCAGGUUGCCGGUUCAGUCCCCACAUGGGUCACUGUGAGCUGUGCCCUCCUUAAAAAAAUAAAGUGAACUACCAGGCUGUCAUUCUCAUUAGAAAAACAAAGGGAGUAACUUAUUAAAACAGACUUCCUUUAAAAAAAAAAAAAGUGGUCAUGUGCUUCACUUGAGUGAGAGAAUUCAUUGUUUAACGUUUCUUCAAAGUUUUUUCUCAGUUUCUGUCGUAUUUCCCAUUUUCUUUCCUCAAUAUGGUCUCCACGGCUUGCUGAAAUGUUUUUAAGGAUUGUGGAGAAACAAAGAACACUUGAAAAGCUGUCUCUUCUCUCAUUUCCUUUAUGCUUUGGGCUGGACACCCAACUCCCUCUUGUUUUGAGCUUGGCUCACAGCUGGAUGUGAUCCAGGCUCCACCAGGAGUGAUCGUAGGGGCUUCCACACCACCACCUAAAAACACAAAACCAAACCAUCCUACUGCCUAAAACAUAAGACCCAAACUCCAUUAACCCCUGACCUUUUGGAAUUAACACAUACAGUAUUAUGUGCUGUGGGCAAGCCUGCGCCCUCCUGGCCUGUUUCUGCCCGACCCUCACUCCAUCCUGAGUGCCUGUCAGCAUGCCCUCCUCCUGCUGGUCCUCCCUGUCCCACCCACACCCCUUCAGGAUGCGCUCUCAUCCUCCAAUAAAGAAUGUCAAAACUCAGACUUAACUCUCCCUCACAAUACC